GAAACGAAGAAGAAGAGAAGAUUGAACCAAAACAGACAUCAACACACGUUGACAAGACCGUGAAACAGACGGGGAAAUGUCAUAGUCUACAAUGUUGCGGAUUUUCCCGUCCAUCAGCUGUAUGUGUAGUGUGUCCAGUCGGGUCAUAUGGGGAGGUCCUCCCGGUGCUCCUCCGCUGCUAAGGCCGCUCCCACCUGGACCGACCUGUGUUAUGAUAGCCGGUAAAAAGGACCUGAUAGACCUCCCUGUCCUGAACGAGGACGAGCUUGAGGAGCAGUUUGUGAGAGGAUCUGGACCCGGAGGACAGGCCACCAACAAAACCAGCAACUGUGUGGUGCUCAAGCACAUCCCCAGUGGGACUGUUGUGAAGUGCCAUCAAACCAGAUCUGUGGAUAUAAAUCGAAAGCGUGCUCGGGAUAUCAUGCGAGAGAAACUUGAUGUUGUUUAUAAAGGAGAACUCAGUGAGAUCAUUGUAAAGAAAAAAGAGUCUGAGCUGAGGAAACAAGAGAAGAGGAGGAAGGCAAAUGAAAACCUGGAGAGAAAAAGACUCUUUAGAGAAGCUCUGGCUGUGGACUCCAAACCUGGAAAUGACACUGUUUAAAAUGUUUUAAUGGAAUAUAGAAUGAAUACAUUAUUACUUUAUAGGUUCUGUAUGUUUUAUGCCUACACAGACUGGAUAACUAAACCUGGAAGGAUGUACUGUCAACAGUUAUAUAAACAAUAUUCCUUAUAUUUGUAUGGCAGUUUUCAUGCAAAGUUGCAUUACAACAAGAUAAAGAAGAAGACUGGAGAAUAAAAUGACAAAAAA